AUGAGAGCAGCAGCAGCAGCAGCUGCAGCAAGAGCAGCAGCCCCACAUCCACAGCAGGAAGAGGAACAGAAGGUGCAACAGCAGCAGCAGCAGCAAGAGCAGAAGGGAGAACAGGUGCAGCAGGAAAAGCAGCAACCGCAGCAAGAACAACAGCAGCAGCAAGAACAGAAGCAGCAAGAAUCACAGCAGCAGCAGCAGGAUGACCAGCAGGAGCUGCAGCAGGAGCAGCAGCAAUUGAAGCAGGAGCUACUGCAGCAGCAUGAGCAGCAGCGGCAACAAUUUCAACAGGAGCUGCAGCAGCAGCAUGAACAGCAGCAGCAGCAGCAGCAGCAACAACAACACCAUUAUCCAAUGGCCACGAGUAUAUCUACCCCGAUGCCAGCAGCAGCAGCAGCGACAGAAGCAGCAGCAGCAGCAGAAGACAUCAGCAGCAAAGCAACAGAAGCAGCAAUCUAUUCAUCAGCAGCUCCUCUUGAUGACCAAGAAGCCUCAACAGCAGCAGCAACAACAGCAGCAGCAACAGCAGCAGCAGAAGAGGAGACAGCAUCUACUGCUAGGAGUCUUGUUGUAAACGGAGCAACAGCAGCAGCAGCAGCAGCAGCAGCAGCAAAUAGCGAUAUGCAUGCAGAGGAAUUAGAAGCAGCAGCAGCACCACAAUUAGAGGGUUCAAUAGCUCCUCCUUAUCCGUCAGCAGCAACAACAACAGCAGCAGCAACAGCAGCAGCAGCAGCAGCAGCAAAUAGCAGCAGCAGCCGCAAUAGUCGUCCUCGUCGUACAGGUCCUCCACCUCCUUCCCCCCGCUCUAUAACAACAACAACAACAGCCAUGCAACUGCAGCAGCAUCAGCAGCAGCAGCAGCAGCAGCAGCAGCAAUGGCCAGCGUGGCGUCAGCAGCAGCAGCGUCAGAUGUUAUUAGAGGAGGCAGCAGCAAUGUCUCGUCUUCGUGCAUUAUUACAUAGUACAACAUAUGCAGAAUUACGUGCAGCAGUAGCAGGUAGCGGUGGUGGUGGUGGGGGGGGCCCCCAUAUGGGUAGUGGUGGUGGUGGAGGGGGGGGCCCCCCACCCCUAUCUGUAAGAGAGGCAAUGGCAUUUAAGGAAUUUGGGGAUAAAUUAAGGGCAAAAGGUUGGGGGCCCCAAGAGAUAAAAAAAACAGCAAAAAAAACAGCUAGCUAUACGGAGGCAUUUUAUGCAGUUGCUAAGGAAAUUGGAUUAAGUAGACAUUCUAUUGAUCUAAUUGCACCAAGAAUGCCUACAUUACUUAAAUAA